AUGGAGAAGGUCGAGAAUGCCACCGGCCAUGUUGUAGUUUGGAACCGAAAGUCACUCUUGCAGGAAGAUGAGGAGGAGGAAGUUGAGACAACUUGGGGCCGUCGCCGCCGCAGCACCAGCGGCAAGGACCUGCCUCCUCGUGCCCGCUACAUCAACAAGAUCCUCAUCUACCUGGACAAGGAGAUGGAGGCCGUGUGGAACUUCAACACGAUCGUUGACCGAAAGCGAUGGGGUGUUGGCAACACGAUCACCUCCUCUCCAUAUGGUCCCCACGGCGAGCACCCGGAGCGCUGGCGCGCGAACGGCAGCUUCCCCUUCCCACUCAAGGCUCCAACAUCUCCCGUGCUGAACGUCAGCAACUCUCUCGUCAUGAAGUUGAAGCCGGAGAAGCGGGAGUAC